GUCCACACGCACGCGCCGCCCAGGUCCAGCCUGCGAAUCCGGAGGCGAUCAAUUCCAAUAAAACCCCGGAAGGCAGCUUGUCAGGAGGAGGCGGCAGGGGAUCCCGGCCCUGGGGAGAUGGAGGCCGAGCGGCCGCGACCGGUGCUGCGCUCGGUGAACUCGCGCGAGCCCUCCCAGGUCAUCUUCUGCAACCGCAGCCCGCGCGUCGUGCUGCCCUUGUGGCUCAACUUCGACGGCGAGCCUCAGCCCUACCCGACGCUGCCGCCUGGUACCGGCCGCCGCAUCCACAGCUACCGAGGUCAUCUUUGGCUCUUCAGGGAUGCGGGGACCCAUGAUGGACUUCUGGUUAACCAAACAGAACUGUUUGUGCCAUCCCUCAAUGUGGAUGGACAGCCUAUUUUUGCCAACAUCACACUGCCAGUGUAUACCCUGAAAGAGCGGUGCCUUCAGGUUGUACGAAGUCUGGUUAAGCCUGAGAACUACAGGAGGCUGGACAUCGUCAGGUCACUCUAUGAAGAUUUGGAAGACCACCCAAAUGUGCGGAAGGACAUACAGCGGCUGACCCAAGAGCACUUUGAAAAUCAGCCCCUGGGAGAGGAGCCUGAAGGAGUUCAUUGAGAUUAGUGGUCCUGAAAUUCCAGCUUUGAUGGUUCUGAGUCUUAAUCUGCACAUAGGACAGGUCACUUUCUUUCCAUUUUACAAUGUUUCAUUCUCGGAGUAAAAUGAACUCCAUCACGUAAAAGAAAGUUAACUAACCAGUCCCUGGGCUUUGUGGUGCUUAAGGAUUAACAUCACACAGUGCAGUCUGCCCUUUGUAGAAGCACUCACCAGAAGGGCUUUUGUUUUGCUUCCUGGGAAAGUCGGGAAGUUCUGUGUAAGGAUGUUUGUGUAAGCUCUCCAGCUGGGGUUGCACUGUGUCCUUUAAUUUGGAAAAUGCAGUGACAUUUGAACAGUGGGCUCCUGCCUCCUGCUUUGGGAGCACUGAGAAGGCCCCAGGACAGGGACGGAUGUUUUGAGGCCCAGUGCCUAAUGUGCCAGGAGUCUUCAGUAUGGAAUGUUGGAUGAACAGACCAUGGUGGAAGAGUUUAGAAGGUCUGUCUCUUUGUCUGAGAAAGGCCUUAAGGGUACAAGUAAAGGAGCAGCUUAGUGUCCUAUGUUUAGAAAGAACUUUUUUUUUGUUUUUGAGACGGUUUCUGUGUAGCUUUAGAGCCUGUCCUGGAACUAGCUCAUUUGUAGACCAGGCUGGUCUUGAACUCACAGAGAUCCACCUGCCUCUGUCCCCGGAGUGCUAGGACUAAGGUGUGUGCCACCACCAUCCAGCUGAAAGAACUUUUUCUAAUUUUCCAUGUCUUUCUACCUUUUUUGUUGUUGUUUUUUUUUUUUAGACAGUGUUUUGUGUAGCCCAGGCUAGCCUUAGUCGCUCAGUAGGUGGUGCUAGCCUUGAAUUUCUGAUCCUCCUGUGCACCAUGGCCUGCUCUGCCCUUUUGUCAUUUUGAAACAGGGUCUCAUACUGUAACCCUGCGUGGCCUUGAACUCAAUCAGCUGCCUCCUGAUCCACUCUGGCAGCUCUCUUCUUUUUGAACCAGGUGGGCUUUCCAUAGUCAUUGUCACGAGUGUUUUGUAACUUGACAUUUACACAGACAGUAAAACAGAGCAGUCCUUUUGUUUAAUUCUGGUUUUGAAGAUCUUCUGUCUGUGAGUAAGCUGCUGCCAGGAAUGGGAAUUUCUUUUGCUAUCUGUCAACUCCUGGCAUUCCAGUUGGGCUCUGUCUUUUUUAUUGGCAGCACCUGGUCACUUUGAUUUGAGGGUUGGGGGUAGGCAGGGAGGAGGGAGCCUGAUUUUGAAGCCCCACUCAGCUACACCUUUAACUUCCCAGCUGGACUGUCCCCCAUGUUACUAUGUGUAAGCUCAAGUGUGCUGUGCUGUUCCUUUGAAGAUGACUGCUGAGUGUUUGUCAGCAUCCUGGCGCUCUAAGAUCAGCAAAGUGAUUAUUUCCCCUCACUCUGUGUCACUGCUUAGUCCACAACAUUCCGUGAGCCAAGUGGCCACAUGCCAGUGUAGAGGAUGCCUGUGUUCAGGAAGUCAGCAGGUGCCCAAGAAAUUCUUUAUUUUCUUUAAACCUGUGUUUGUCUCAAAAUGAUCUUAUGGUUGUCUUAUUAAACUGGAAGUUUGAAUACUGUUCUCUGUGCUGACCAGAGAGUGGAGACCUAUGGCACGAGUCAUGUUUGCUCUUCCUGUAAAUGUGAUCCUCAGCUGGGCGUUGGUGGUGCACGCCUUUAAUCCCAGCACUUGGGAGGCAGAGGCAGGCAGAUCUCUGUGAGUUCGAGACCAGCCUGGUCUACAAGAGCUAGUUCCAGGACAGCCUCCAAAGCCACAGAGAAACCCUGUCUGGAAAAACCAAAACUAAAGCAAAACAUGUGAUCUUCAGAUGUUUUCUACCUUGGGUUUUCUGAAAAAGCUGACCGUUAGUACAAUAAAUGGUGCUAAGUGAAGGAA